AGGAGGAGCUACUUGCGCUACUUCACACACUAGAUAGUUGCAUCAAACUCGCAGGGUUAGUUGGUAAACAAGAGAGGCGGGGAUACGUUCACGGAAACCAAGGUUUGCCGAGAACACUGGGACAGGACCAGCAUGGACACUACCGGAGAUGCAAACAGCUUGGUCGGUCCAUCCCUGGUCUUCCUCACUUUCUUGCAACAGAAGGGUUGCAAAAACGAUGACUUUGAACGAGAACUAACAGACUUGAAGAGGGACUUGAUACACGAUCAAGAUAUCAACUGCAACGGUGUCGGGCUCGUGUGUGCCGACGGCUCACUGAGCAGAGAACUGCACAGUGGGGAUGACGGUGAACUUCAGACGGACGGACACUCGCCUACCGUUCACCUUCAGAUGUUUGUACGAGCCUACCAUCCACUAGUGCAGGCGCCGCCACCACCAGUUCCAGUCCCUGACCCGGCUCUGAGGGACAUCGCCCAGGAGUUGAUCCAGAUUGCAGACCAGUUGGAGAACGAUGUGAUGGCCCGUGCAACAAACAACCUCUUGAGAUCCCUGCAGAAUUCUGAGAAAUGGGUGCGUGGUUGCCUGAUAAGGCAGAAAUGGAGCAGUCACCUGAAGCAAGCGGUGGAGCACGUGCACGUGUCUCUGCGGUGUGGCAACAGCCUGGGGGAUCUCCCUCAGGAGCGCGUGGCUCUGGCGCUCUCCCUCUCGCUCAUCAAGGGUGUGUGUGAGCACACUCCUCGUUUCCUCCGGGACCUCUUCCACAUCUGGCAGCAGCAGCACAUAAGGUGACCCCCUCCUCCCCUCUCCACCUGACCCGACCCAAGGACUAAAUGAAGGACAUUGUAACUCAGGUGAGAGACCAGGCCUCUCUGACUCUGAUUCCAACAUAAAUAGUAUAUUUGGCUACAGUUGUUGUCCAAUAUGAAACAAAUGUGGCAAAGUUAAGAGUCACAGAAAGAAGAAUUUGUCAGUGAAUGUAAUUCCAGGAAUGUUUGUUUUGGAUGUUUCUAUUCUUCUACAUCUAUAGAUCAGUUGUGUAGUCCAUUUGUCAAAACCCUGUGGGUAUUUUCCCUGACUUUAAAUGCAGACUGUAUUCGCACCCUUUAGCACAAGCAGAAACACAUAGUACAGGAUUCUCACUGUAAGUCAUGAAUGAAUAAAUGGGCAUUGAAUAAGUAAAGUUGGGCAUAAUCAAGACUGUAAUCUGAGCACGCAAACCACUUCCCUAGGUAGGUGAGGUGAGGUGGUUUAGGAGGCAUUUGACCUCAUAACCUUGCAGUGUAAAUCCUGAAGUACUCUGAUAGUUCCCUGAAAUUUGUUUUUUUUUGAAGAGGAAGGAAUUGUCUUGGAUUGUGAUGUGUGCCUCGAAAUGUUUCUUUCAUGCUCGCUGACUCUUCUUUAUUUUUCUUGGUAGGGGCUAACCACUGCCUUCUUUGCUGUUCCUGCUUCUGUCCAGCUGAAUUUUUGAACAUAUUUGCCUUCUUCCUCUUUUGCUUAAACGUGUUAUGUGAAGGAAAGGGAACAGUAAGAAAGUAAGAAGAAAAAUGAAAUUGUUAUUUUUGUACUGUUUGUAUUUUUGAGAUUAAAAAAAAAAGUGUCAUAAA